CCUUGGAAUCGAAAUAAUUAUUUUAGUUUAUUGUAGAUGUGAAAAUGAAGAAGACAAUUAGCCUCCUCGUUCUGGCAAUUUCCAUAGCAGUAGCAAAUGGGAGUCUAGUAUCGUCAUGUAGGUAUGACAGAAAUAUACAACAUAAGCUAAUUGCUCACUGUGAAAAUCAAGGAUUUACAUCUGUACCAAGGAAUCUCCGACGAGAUAUCUACGAGUUAAUUCUGUCAAACAACUCUAUACACAUGCUGACAAACAAUUCAUUCAUCUAUUUUACACAGAUAAAAAGGCUGAUUUUAACCGGGAAUAAUAUAUCUGUAAUUCAGCAGGAUGCGUUUUCUGGACUUAAUUUGUUAAAAGUGUUGAAGGUAAAUGAUAAUUUGAUUAACAUCACAACUAUUCCGCAUGGUGUUUUCAGACAUCUUAGUAAUUUAGCUGUUCUAGACAUCAGUCAAAAUAAAAUGCCAUUGAAUACAAACGUUCCGUUUAUCUAUCCCGAUAUCACAUUUUCUUCACUUACCCGAUUACAAAAUCUUUCAAUGGAUCUAUUCAUGUUUCCAGUAUUUCGAUCAGGAUUUACUGCACUUCAAGAUCUUAAAGUAUUGAACUUUGCUACUUGUAAUUUGCAUAAUAGUAGUAGAUUUAAGCUUUUUAACUCAACAUUUGAAAACUUCUCGCCUGACCUUAAAGAACUUUACAUCAGUGGUUGUCACAAUUUCUUUCUAAUGGAAUAUGGACUGUUAGAUCCUUUUCCAAACUUGAAAGUUUUAGAUCUGUCGAAAUCGUAUGUUCACCUUUAUCAAGCAUUGCGUAUUCUUCAUCCAUAUCAGGAUAAAAACAUGUCCGUUAUAAACUUUCACCGCAUUAGUGAUAAUUCAAUCAAUGAAAAUAAUUUUCCGUACUCUGUUAUUAUAACAGAAGAAUUAAUGAAAUAUUUAAGAACUAUAUGCAUUGAAUCACUAGAUUUAUCCAAAGCUGGUAUAGUGGAUUAUCAGCAAAAAUCUUUGUUUUCGUUCAAACGUCCAGAAUGUAUUAAAACUUUUAUAAUAUCAGCCAACCGGUUACCUUCAUCUACAGCAGAUCAUUACUUUCAAGUAGUAAAAUUUUUCAAAAGCGCAAUUAAUAUGAAAGUGUACGAUUUUUCCUAUCUUACCGUGGAUUAUAUCAAUCCACUGUAUUUGGACGUUUACCAUCCAGAAGUUUUAAAUCACUUUCCAGAAAUAACCGAAACACAUAAAAGUCCUCCGCAUCUUACGUUUGCAAUUCCAUCGUCAAUAGAAUUUCUUAGAUUUACGCACAUACAAAUAGCUUUUACAUCAGCGUCUUUCACAUGUGCCAAUACAUCGCUGAAGUACCUCGAUGUGUCAUUUGGUGUUUAUCAAAAUUAUCCUGAUUUUACAGACGACUGUGGAGAGCAACUGGAAUAUUUGGACAUAUCUGGAAUUCCAGUUACAAUUAUAACAUUCCCAUCGAUAUUCAUGCCAAAACUUUCAAUUCUGAAAGUGACGAAUGCACGCAUAGACCAAGUUAUAAUUAAAGGUAAACAAUGGAAGUCUUUCAAAGCUCCCAAUUUGAGAAAAAUAGACAUAUCUUUCAAUAAUCUUUGGACUUUAGAGGAAACGACACUUUUAGAUCAGCCAAAUAUAACGCAUUUGAAUAUGUCAAACAACCUUUUUAGGACCAUUCCUUCCUUUGUUACCAAAUUACAAAAGUUGGAAUAUUUAGAUCUAUCCAACAAUUUAAUCAGUUCAAUUGAUGUAACUAUACGAUUUAAACUGGAUAAAAUUGUGAUUUCAAAUCACAGCCUCAUUCUUAAUUUAAAUAACAACGCUUUGGUCUGUUCAUGUGACACUCUAGACUUUCUUUUGUGGUUCGCAAAAACAAAAGUGACAUUUAAGAAUGGGGACACUUAUAACUGUACUAUGUCAGAUGGCAAACAAACCAAAUUAAAGGAGGUAAUACAAAAUACGCAGAAAUACUUUUCGGACUGCAAAGCUACUAUAUGGCUCCAGGUUGGAAUAAUAUUGGUUGCUAGUGCAUUUGGCAUAUUCAUACCUCUUUCUCUUCUUUAUAACUAUAGGUGGAAAAUAAUUCUGUACACGUAUAGAAAAGUUCGUCAUGUCGUUGAGAAAAAUUUACAUAAAAACUAUUUGUACGACGCAUAUGUUUCUUAUGAAGACAGAAGCGUGUCGUGGAUACAGAAGUUUUUUCUUCCAAAAAUUGAAGAUAAAUGGGGACUUAAAGUGUGUUUACAUGAUCGAGAUCUCCUUCCUGGAGAUAUGACGGCUGAUGCAAAAGCAGAAUCAAUACAGCAGAGUAGACAUGUUGUAUUCAUCAUUACUGAACAUUUUACCGAAGGAAAAUGGGGAAGAUUCGAAAUAGAAAGAGCAAAGUACGAAAAGUAUACUACAAACUUUCGAAAAAUAAUUGUUAUUUUACAAAAUAUUCAAAUCAAGGAUAUCCCAGACGAAAUAAUUAACAUUUCGAGUGAUGUGUAUUUUAUUGAAUUGCCAUUGGACGAAAAAGAAGCUGGUGACAAUCCUGAUUAUCAAAGUCAAUGGCUCAGACUUAAGGCUCUUCUUUAUUUAAAUUAA